AUGAUCGACAACGCACCCCUCUUUCUCGGCCUCGACGCGAGCACACAGGCGCUGAAAGCCUCGUUGCUCGAUGUCGACCUCAACGUUCUCUCGGAGAUUGAGGUUCGUUUCGAUCGCGAUCUGCCCCACUUCCACACCAAUGGCGGAGUGUCUUCCCCGACAGCAGACGACGACGAGGGCACGGUUGUUGCGCCCGUGAUGCUGUAUGUCGAGUCGCUCGACCUGCUCGCCGAGCGCAUGAAGGCAGCCUCGUGGCCGCUCUCCCGCAUCGAUGCCGUCUCGGCUGCAGGUCAACAGCACGCCUCGGUCUACUUUUCCCGUGCCGCACCGCGCAUUUUCACCACCUUGUCAGCGGACAAGACGCUCAAGGACCAGGUGGAACCUGCAUUCAGCAGGGCAGUCGUGCCCAACUGGCAGGACUCGUCCACGGUCGAGGCGUGCAACGCAUUCGAAAAGGCGCUCGGUGGAGCAGACGAGCUGGCCAAAGUGACGGGUUCAAAGGCACACACAAGAUUUACGGGUCCUCAGAUUUAUAAGUUCAGGACGCAGCAGCCGCAGGCUUACAAGGACACCGAGAGGAUCGGCCUCGUUUCGAGCUUCAUCACCACCAUGCUGUGUGUCGGAGACGGCGAGGACGCAGACACGGUGAUCAAGGGCAUCGACGAGUCAGAUGCGUGCGGCAUGAACUUGCUCGACAUGCGACCUGCAUCUUCCCUCCCUGCUACAGAGACCAGAGGCAAGAUCGAGCCGGGAUGGAACCAGACGCUGCUCGCACUUGCCUCGGGCGAGAGUGAAGGUGCCGAUUCAUCUCUCGGUGGAGCUGUCGAGCUGGAGAAGAAGCUCGGUGUCAUCUACCGCGAUGCCGGUACCCCCAUCGGCAAGAUCGGCAGCUGGUGGACGCGACGCUACGGCUUCAGCCCGGGCUGCCAGGUGUUCCCAGGCACAGGUGACAACCCGGCCACGUUCCUCGCUUUCAGCCUGGCCGAGCGUCAGGCCAUCAUCAGCAUGGGCACUUCGGACACGGUCAUGGUCGCCACGCACCAGUAUGUCCCCGAUCCGAACUUUCACGCCUUCUUCCAUCCCGCUCGACUGCCCUCGAGCGGCGAUGCGUUCUUCAACAUGCUCGUCUACAAGUCCGGCAGUCUGGCGCGCGAGUGGAUCCGCGAUCAGUACUGUGCGAGUAGCUGGGACACGUUCAAUGCGGAUGUGGAACGAUACAAGCUCGAGGACGGAGAGAAGAGGAUUGGUUUUUACUGGUUGAGGCCCGAGAUCAUUCCUUCGGGUGCAUCGGGCGUGCAUCGCUACGCGAAACAGACUGGUGCGGCUGCUGGCAGUGAAUGGCAGAAGGUCAGUGACUUUGGCGAAAAAGGGAUGAACGCAGGCGCAAUCCUCGAAACGCAAUUCCUCAACUACCGAUACCGCUCGUCUUCCAUCAUCGCUGGCCCCUCCGCGUCCUCUUCCGCUUCCGUCGACACCACCACCCUCCCGCUCCAGGCGAUCUACGCCGUCGGAGGCGCAUCAUCCAACCCGACCAUUACACAGACCAUGGCAGACGUCUUCGGAUGCGACAUUGUCAAGCCCGUCCAACCCGCUGAGGACGGCAAGAGCUGGACUCCCGCCAACUACAACUUCUGCUCGGUCGGGGCGGCGUACAAGGCCGUAUGGGGUUGGAGCCGGCUGCAGCUCAAGCAGGGAGAAAAGGUGCCUGAGUUUGACGAAUUUGUUCAUACCACCAAGUCCAGGCAGGCAAAGCAGGCUGGGCUGGGAGGAGUAGGAGCAGGAGCAGGCGAGCGAGUGGAAGGUGGCGUGCAAGUGAUUUGCCGACCGCGAGAGGGCAGGACGCAGGUGUACACCAAAGUCAUUGGCGAAUGGAAGCAGCUCGAGGAACGGGCGCACAAGGAGACGUAA